CCAACCCUCCACUGUUUCAUUCCCAAACCUUAACCCCAACGACAAUAAUAAUAGAAACCUUAACCUAACCGAAUGGCUGAGGAGUUCGUCGAAUCCGAGGUUGUCUUUCCCGACCACCGCGCCGCCCACGACUGGGUAGUGGAGCUGGCGCCCCCGCCGCGGAGGGAGAGGGAGAAUUGUCGACGGAGGGCGGCGAAUUCGAUGCCGGUGAGUAUACCGGAGAGGACGGGCCGGCGGCACUUUGGCUCCGCCGAGGAGGAGGCGGAAGAGGAGGAGAUGACGCCGCCGCACGAGAUCGUGAAGAGGAGGGUGGCUGCAAAAAUGGCGUUUUCGGUGUGCACGGGGAAUGGGAGGACAUUGAAGGGACGUGAUUUGAGUCAGGUCAGGAAUUCGAUUCUCAGGUUAACUGGGUUUCUGGAAGCAUGACAAUAGUUUCGUACAAUGGAAGAUGGGAAAAUGGAAAAUUUAAAAAGAAAAAGAAAAAUUGUCUCCAUUUCUUCAUUUUUCUUGCUUUGUUAUUUAAUUGAUUGGUUAAUUGGGCUAGCUAUUGAGAUCGUUUUUGGAGUCUCGUUCAUUGUAAAAGGGAACAUUUGAAUAUUAGAGAUGGAAUGAAAUGAAAUAAAAUUAAAUUAAUUUAUUGAUUUUCAUA